ACGCCAUCCCAUUAGAUUGGUUUAGCACCUGUUGAGAUAAGACAAAGAAGACGCCUUUCGAAUCUGUCUCUACGCCAACUGUUUAGAAAACAUGCUUGGAGAUCCUCUUUUAUCAAGGGUAUCAAGAGCGGAGCGACCAAAACCAUUUAUCAUUGAGGAGAGUGAAACAAACAUGACGGAGAUCAAGGCUGUAGGCGUGGUGGGCAGCGGCCAAAUGGGCUCUGGUAUAGCCCAACUCGCCGCCGUACACGGGCUCGAUGUGUGGCUGCUUGACACGGAUCCCGCUGCUCUCUCUAGAGCCACCAAGUCUAUCACCUCUAACAUCCACCGUCUCAUCUCCAAAGGCCAACUCUCCCAGGCUGCAGGUAACGAUGCGUUGGGCCAUUUACGGUGUAGCUCAAAUUUAGAAGAGCUGCGUAUGACAGAUAUUGUCAUUGAAGCUAUCGUGGAAUCCGAAGAUGCGAAGAAAACAUUAUUCCUUGAACUAGAUAGGAUAGCAAAAAGUUCUGCCAUUUUGGCAUCCAAUACAAGUUCCAUCUCCAUUACCCGCCUAGCAUCUGCAACUAGCAGGCCACGCCAGGUGAUUGGCAUGCAUUUCAUGAAUCCUCCUCCUAUAAUGAAACUGGUUGAGAUUGUACGCGGUGCAGACACAUCAGACAAUACAUUUUAUGCAACCAAGGCAUUGGCAGAGAGGUUUGGCAAGACAGUGAUAUGCUCUCAAGAUUUUUCAGGCUUCGUUGUAAACCGGAUCUUAAUGCCAAUGAUAAAUGAAGCAUUUUAUGCUCUCUAUACAGGAGUGGCAACAAGGGAGGAUAUUGAUACAGGAAUGAAGUUAGGAACGAACCAUCCAAUGGGUCCUUUACAACUUGCAGAUUUCAUUGGACUGGAUGUAUGCCUGUCGAUAAUGAAAGUUCUUCAGACUGGCUUAGGGGACAAUAAAUAUGCUCCAUGUCCACUUCUUGUGCAGUAUGUUGAUGCGGGUCGUCUUGGACGAAAACGUGGUAUUGGUGUCUAUGACUAUCGUGCAGCUGAGCAACUAAAACGAUCUGCUCGACUUUGAACUCACUGAAAAUUGUGAAUUGUGAGACUCGCACUGCAAUGCCUUUCUAAUUAAGUUUGUGUUUGGUAUUGUGAUUUAUAAUGUUUUUUAAA